CAGGCUGCCAUGUCGACGCCCCUGCGGACUGCUACCUAUGUUAAGGUGAAGGACUUGGCCCCUGGUACACACGGCCACAACCUCGUGGCGCGCGUGCUCUCGGUGGAGAUCAUCUCUGAGAAGGUCCAGGGCGAUGGCACGACGUCGCGGAUAGCAGAAGUCCUCAUCGGUGACGAAACAGGCACUGUCAUAGUGUCUGCGUGGAAUGAGCAAAUCGACCUCUUCAUUGUCGGGCGCAACGUCGUCGUGCGCAAUGCGGACGUUGUCGUGCGCCGCGGAUUUGUGCGGCUCCGUAUCUCCAAGUGGGGCAAGCUGGCCUCGCAUCCCGACGGCAUUAAGUCGACGCCCAAGGCGCCGGGGAAGGUGCACACGGAAAACAACAUGUCGGCGAUCGAGUACGAGCUCGUCGCGGUCGAGGACACAGAAUGAGCACACGGCGGCGACUUGCAGCAAUCGACUCGAGCGUGGGCGACCGUUGUCCGUUGUGUGCGUCGUGGUCCAUUUAUCCAAGACAGAACUCUUGAUUUCGAAGUGCUUUCGCCACCGACUAAGCUAUUAUAGUGGAAAUCAUCUUACGUAGCGUCCAA